CGUUAAUUGGAAGUAUUUGUGACUGUGCACGAGAGUUGGGCGUAAAUUUGGCAGUUUUUUCCUUGAGGCCUUGAACAAAGAAACUCCGUACGAAAGGCCUCGAACCGAAUUCGCGAUCGCAAAGAAAACGAACAAACCUUUCGAGCAGAAGCGCCAACUGCGUACUUAGUUUUCAAUACUGUAUCCCGUCCAUAAACACGAUGCUCUAGUAACCCAGAGAGCUGCGAGGCAUCAUGAAGCGGCGCAUCGACCAUUUCGACGAUCUCUCGCUCUGUGCAAUCGAGUACUUGGAGCGGCACCAGGGUGUUUCAGAGAUCAUUCUUCAAGGUCCCAUAUCCAAUGCAAAUAUUUAGUCCGGGUCUGCAGACGAGGGAGAAGGAGCAUCUUCGCGUUUCGUACAUCAUUGCAAAAUCUGCUUGACACUACACGUGCCUAAGUUGGCCCGGACACAAAUAUUUGCAUUGGAUAUCGAGUCCCAUGCCCCGGGUCUGCCAUCCAUGCUUGGGAAACUAGGCACGGGUUGCGGCUCCCAGACGAUCUGAAGGCGUUUCUGCAGAUAACAAAUGGUUGGUUCUUUUAGACGGUGCUGCAAUUUUUCUUCUUGCAAACGACCGACUGUGAUGUGCUGAAAAUCAUGUUUGAUGCUUAAGCAGUCUCUCGUUCUUUGGUGAAACAACUGAAACAUGUCUGGACGUCGGCGUCCUCUGGAUUUCCAAUGAGUGCCGCAAUCCUACUAGAUUGCCGACUUUUAGUACCGGGUAACAUUCGACUGAGUGCGAAGAAUCGCAGUAGGAAAGAUCAGGAUGCUAUCGGUUUCGGCAGAACAUCAAAACAAAAACAAACUGUCAAUAAAGGUCUGUACCUGAAGUGGUCUGCUGCUAUCCGGUCAAAGGUGCUUCCGUACGGGUCGAUGCACCUGAACAAUCUGGAGCAGUUUCGAAGCGUAGCGGAGGAAAGCGGGUACGCGUACUUUGACCUCGAUUUAAAGUGCGUCGGUGGGAAAGUCUGCCUGCGGCGGAAGAUAAGCGACCCGGGUACAACAACAACAACGUUAACGGGCGGGACGACCGUGACGACGGCAGCAGCCCCGGCGGAAGAGGCGCAGCCACUGGAGGAGGGAAAUUGGUCCGGGGUGUGGUUUCAGGACGUCAGCGGUGCCUGGUUUUUCAUUGCGGACGGUUUUACCAGUUAUUACCGGCUGAUGAUGACGCACCUGGGGAUUCCCAGAUGGCAGUAUGCGUACACCGACGUCGGACUGGAUCCACUGACCAAGUUUUGGUUCCAAUUCCUUAGCCCAGAAGUACGCAAGGGUAGUAGUCGAAGGGGGUGGUCUCUGGCUCGUGCAGAAAUCGGGCUCGCUUUCAGGUGUCUGCUCAUCCGCAUGAUUUUUCUGACUCCAGCGUGAGCUGCUCCCGCGUUCUACUGGGCACACGCACGACCAUCCUUCAUCAGUAGGUCGCUGCAUUUUGUAUUAUAAUCUUCAAAUGAAGAACAUCAGAGCGGCAAUUUUGAAAAGAGGCCAGUACUGCGAAGAGAGAGAGAAGAAGAGGAAAGAAAAACAGUUGAAGCAAGAAAGCGAUGCUGAGAGCCAGAGGGUUUUUUUGCACUGCAUAGCUGCGGUUGAAGAUCGACGACUGCAGAGAUCACACGGUCGUCUUGACGAAGCGGCAAUCCAAAAAUGCCAAGAAGCACUCGCUGCGAAAUCGAAGACUGUGGAGAUCGUCCCAGAAAACUUCCCCUCGGAAGCAGCGAGCGAAGAAGAAGGACCAGAGCGACAGUGCGGGGGAAGCGCCAGCAGCAGGGUAUCCAUCUAGCUCGGGCGCAGGUCGCGUUGGCAGCAGGGCCGCGGCGGCCUCGACCGGUUUAGGCGCAGGCGGCGCGACUAGUACUACACUCGGCCCUACUUCCGCAAACGGGGGUUCUGUGAAUGCGGCGCUCGGCCACGGUGCGCAAGCUUCGAGAACAGUGGCGGCUGAAUACGAGACUGCACCACAGGGCGCGAGCGUCCGGCCGCACUCCAACAGUAGCAAAGCGGGGGAUCAUGUGCUGCAGAUGAGCUCAGGAGCAGGUACUACAUCAAGUUCCUCUGGUGUCCGGGGCCCCUCCUGUCGAGGCAGAGCAAGGGCCGGACCUACAACAGUGACGGAGCCGGGAACAAACCAGGCCGAGGUGCUGGUAGAGGCCUCGGACAAGUCAGAGCCGUCUGAUGAUGACGAUGACGACGAUUCGGAGGACUCAAAUUUCUAAAGAUCAGGAGCGACACUGACUCGAGAUCCUCGCGUUUGAAUCCGAUUUCACUUGAGUUUUGAGAAUUCAGAUAUGCGAUUUAGAUUCCCCGAGGCUUGCCGAAAAAGCCGAAAGGGCCGUUCUUUAGUACUGGAAUCUGUCAAGAUCAUAUUGGGCAAAUAAGCCAGCCAGCCUCCACCUGAUGUGCACAACAUGGCUGCAUGGAAUUGAAAAAACCUUGUUUAGUUUCUUUAGGAUUUGCCUCAAGAUUCUAAAUCCGAUCAAGAUCCGAAUAUGCGAAGGUCCGUAUCUAAAUAUCGGUCUCGUGCGUACUAAGAAAUCGAGGCUCGCUUCUUCC